AUGGGCAUCACAGAUGUAAUUGUUUUGCUGUUGUGUAUAUUUUCGCUUAUCCUGUGCUUCAGGGCCUUAGUGAAAGCUCAUUUGUUGAAAAACAAAGCAAUGGAUUAUUUUGAGAAUAUGUUCAAAAUAAAAAUGUCAAUUUCUGAUCAGCUGGACUUCCUCAAUCUUUGGUAUGUGAUGAUUGUCAUCAACGACGUUCUUAUCAUUGUUGGAACGUUGAGUAAAAUUUCCAUAGAGUUCCGUGAUUUUGACAACUCAAUUUUCACACUUACGGGAAUUUUACUGGGCAUGGGCGCACUUCUGGUCUACGUUGGUGUGCUUCGUUACUUUGGGUUCUUUAACCAAUAUAACAUCCUCAUCCUCACUUUGAAGAAAUCCAUUCCGAGCAUGGCACGGUUCAUGUCCUGUGCUGUUGUUUUAUACGUCGGAUUCUUGAUUGCUGGUUGGGUCAUUAUUGGACCCUAUAGCAUGAAGUUCCGAACCGUAGGAGAGUCAUCUGAAGCUUUGUUUUCUCUGAUGAAUGGAGACGACAUGUUUGCGACUUUUUACACUAUCAACGACUCAAACACCGUUAUUAAGGUAUGUCUGUAG